GAGUAGCGGAACUUCAUUCUUGAGUUUUCUCUGUGAAUCUUGGCUGAUUUACCCACUUUUGGGAACUGGGUUUUGUUUUUUGCUUGUGAAAGGUUGAAACUUUAGAUAAUCUUGCAACCUGAGAGUCAAAAAAUGAGGAAUAGGGGAGAAAAGGAAGACCUAGAGGGUAAAUUGCCUGUGUCAGUAACAAGAGAUUCAUCAGUUAGUCUUUUAAGGGUGUUGGCAACUUUGAUUGUAUUUGUAAUUGGAGUAGUUAUUGGAUUGACUUCAAGUUCACAUAUUGAUAGGUACUUUACCUUUCAAGCUGAACAGAUUAUAGCAAAUAAUGCAUUGGCUGAUACAGUGAGCAAGGAGAGUGGAAAUUGUUCUGUUUGUGAGAAGGAGGAUUGUUUAAGCAUGGAUAGUUUUGUUAGGCCAAAGAUUUUGAUUCAUGGAAUGUCAGAUGAGGAAUUGUUUUGGAGAGCUUCAUUAGAGCCUUACAAGAAAGAGUUUCCAUUUAAGAGAGUGCCUAAAGUGGCCUUUAUGUUCUUGACUAGGGGACAGUUACCAUUUAUACCAUUGUGGGAGAGGUUCUUUCAAGGGCAGGAUGUGAAUAAGUAUUCUAUAUAUAUGCAUGCCCUCCCAGGGUACGUCCUAAGUAUUUCUAAUACCUCAGUUUUUUACAAGAGGCAAAUUCCAAGUCAGCAUGUUGAAUGGGGAUCAGUAACACUUGUUGAUGCUGAGAAGAGGCUAAUGGCCAAUGCUCUGCUCGACUUCUCAAAUGAGCGGUUUGUCCUCCUUUCUGAGAGCUGCAUUCCAGUUUACAAUUUCCCAACCGUCUACAAGUAUCUCAUAGGAUCCAUUCAUAGUUUUGUUGAAUCAUAUGAUGAUCCUUCUCGCUAUGGGCGUGGGCGCUAUAACCGCCAUAUGAAACCUGAUAUCAAACUUCCUGAUUGGCGAAAAGGGUCGCAAUGGUUUGAGAUGAAUCGAACUUUAGCUGUUAGAGUAGUUUCAGAUACCAAAUACUACGAUAUCUUCAGAAGAUUUUGCAAGCCUGCUUGCUAUCCGGAUGAGCACUAUAUUCCUACUUUUAUUCAAUUGUUCCACGGACCUUUAAAUGCAAACCGAACAGUGACGUAUGUUGACUGGUCCUUAGGGGGACCGCACCCUGCAGCAUUCAGUGCGGUAAAUAUUACUGAAGGUUUUUUACAGUUGAUAAGGAACAAUGGAACAGCAUGUGCAUACAACUCAGAGAAAACACAUGUUUGUUACCUCUUUGCUAGGAAGUUUAAUCCAAGUGCUCUAGAACCUUUACUGAACCUAAGUUCCAAAGUGAUGGAAUACUGAAGAGGAUUUUUGAGAGACAAGGGUAUCUUUUUUCACCCUUUCCUUGUGAUUUAUAUUGAUGUUAGAUCCUUUGCUCACAAGUGUAGGUUUGCAUUAUGAGUUUUUUGACUCCUGUAGUACAUGCUUUAGAAUUUCUUGGGGAGGAUUUAGGUCCUUAAAACUGAGGGGAGGUACUAAUUUUCUUGUGUAGACGACGUUAAAUUUGCCAUUAUUUUUUUGUCGUUGGGUAAACUACCAUGUUGAUGAUAUCCAAGAUGUUCUGUAGCUUCAUCUCCAGUUAAAGUUUGUACCAGAUAUCAUCUUU